AUGGAUAACAACGAAAAGGGUCACCCCGCCGACUAUAACGAGGACGAAGCUCGUCUUGCCGAUCUUGGUUACAAGCAAAACAUGAAGCGCCAGUUCUCGGGUCUUCAGAACUUCGGCUUCACUCUGACAAACUCGUCUGUCUUGAUCGGAAUUGUGCCUCUGUUCACGUUCGGAAUGAACACCGGAGGACCCGUUGCUGCCAUCUGGGGAUGGGUCAUGGUCGCCUUCUUUGUCAUGUUUAUCGGUUUGGGCAUGGCUGAGAUUUGCAGUACCUUCCCCACCGCCGGAGGAUUGUACUUCUGGACCGCCAAGCUUGGUGGUCCCAAGUGGGGUCCUAUGUUCUCUUGGUACGAGGCCUGGUUUAACAUGCUCGGCCAAUUCGCUGGAUGCUCUGGAUCUGUCCUCGCUGCUGCUACUUUCUUGAACACUAUGGUGAAGGUCUGGCAUCCCGAGUACGAAGUCACCGGCACAAAGAACUUCUACAUCAUGGCCAUCAUGAUGGUCCUCGGUGGUCUCAUUAACACUGCCGGUGGUCGUGCCUUGAAGGUGGCCUCUUUGGUCUCGGUCGUCGUCCACAUCUUUGGCACCAUCGCCAUUGUCAUUGUUGUCCUAGUCGGUGCCCCCAAGCUUCAGUCUGCCGAGUUUGUCUUCACCGAGUUCCAGGACCACACCGGCUACACCGAGACUUCUGACGCUAGCCCUGUCUUCGUUUUCUUGCUCGGUCUCUUGCAGUCCCAGUGGUCCAUGCUCGGUUAUGAUGCCUCAGCCCACAUGUCCGAGGAGACCGAGAAGUCCUAUGUCAACGGACCCCGCGGUAUUCUCUUGUCGAUCUUUGCCUCUGUCUGCAUUGGACUCUGCUUGGCCCUUGCCUUGACCUUUGGUAUUCAGGACUACGAAACCACCCGUCUCUCACCCUUGGGAGCUGCCCCCCAGAUCUUUGUCGACUGUGCCGGAAAGACCGGAGGAAGCAUCCUCAUCUUCCUCAUCGUCUUUGCUGGUUUCCUCUGCGGUAUUGCCACCGUCGCUGCUAACUCCCGCAUGCUCUACGCCUUUGCCCGUGAUGGUGGUCUCCCCUACUCCCCUUACUGGACUGUCCUCAACAAGCGCACCCAGAUGCCUCUUCGCCUCGUCUGGUUGUCCGUUGUCGUCAUUAUCAUUUUGGCCUUGCCUGCCAUCGGAUCGGCUGCCGUCCUCAGCGCCAUCUCCGGUAUCUCCAUUAUCGGAUUCACCACCUCGUACGCCAUCCCCAUCUUGCUCCGUAUCACCGUUGGUGCUGAGGGAUUCGUUCAGAAGGAGUUCAACCUCGGUUCGUGGUCCAAGCCUAUCGGUUGGGUUGCCUGCAUCUGGACUGCCUUCAUCUUUGUCAUCUUCAACUUGCCCCAAACCUGGCCCGUUAUUGACAUGGAGUUCUUCAACUACACCCCCGCUGCUGUCGGUUUCUUGUUGAUCUUUACCACCUCGUCGUGGUUCUUGUCUGCCCGUCACUGGUUCAAGGGCCCCGUCUCUGAGAUUGCCCUCCAGGAGCUCGACGGCGUUGUCCCUGUUACUCGCCCCGACGAGAAGCAGGAGGUCGUUGAGGAGGUCAAGUAA